CGCCCAGUCAAUUAUCGGUUGGGUUGGUCAACUAUCUGUUAAUUUGGUCAAUUAGCCAUAACGAAAACCCUCAAAGAGGCAUUUGAACUAUCUUGUCACCUUACUCUGCCUGAUCUUCGUUACAAUAUUAGAUCAACCAUUCUACUCGAUAGCAAAGCCAUACAAAACAAGAAAAAAUCAUGACCAAGUUCUGGAUCCUUGCUAGUUACCUAGCGGCGACAUUCUCAACCGCUACAUUCGCCAGCCUUCUUCAAGAGCAGAACGUUCCACUCAACAUCGCUCUCGAGAUUGCACAAGGUGCGGUCGAGGCCUGCGCCAAAGAUUCAUAUAGCGUUUCAGCAGCCGUUGUUGACCGUGGCGGUGUACUUCGGGCCCUCCUCCGGUCUGACAAUGCCGGAAUUCACACCCCCGAUGCGGCGCGCCGUAAGGCCUACACAGCAGUGUCGUCGCGUACGGCGACCAGCACUAUGGUGAAAAAUAUUCACAACCCUAGCGCCGCUCAACUCGUAUCCAUUGACGACUUCCUCAUUCUCGCUGGUGGUGUGCCAAUCAAAAUUGGAAACGAGACGAUUGGCGCUAUUGGUGUUGGUGGUGCUCCUAGCGGAGAUCUUGAUGAAGGCUGUGCGAUAGCCGCACUCAAGCAAGUGACGGACAAGCUGAAGUGAAUCAUUUUCUUAGUUUCGUCUCAUUAGAGGUUUAUGAUGGCCCCGGGAGUAUCUAGUCCGUUCUUACUAGAAAGCUCAGUUGAUGUAUACGGUUGCCUGGUAGGAGGAAAUGUUAGGUUUUAUAUUGAUGUACUCAAAUAGAACUAAGAGAAUAUACUGAAUAGGAAUUAUAGUGGAAG